UAACAGUGGUUGCACAUAUGGCCGUCGCACCAGCUGAGGUGUUUUGUUUAGUUUCUUUGUUUCCCCAUUUUGUAACGAUGCGCUCUUAAAUUACUGCAGUGAAAAACGAAAUUUAAAUUUUCUCCGUUCGCCUCCACUCACCUCCACUCAUCUUCAUGAGAAGGCAGAAGAAUGAUUGCAUCUUUAUCCAAAGGAAAUCUGCUUGAUGUACUUCAGGAAGGUUUCAAUGAGCAACAGCUAGCAGCGUAUGUGUCCUGGGUGAACGCCCAGCUGAGGAAGAAGCCAGGUGUGACGCCUGUCAGUGACCUGCGGCAGGAUCUCCGCGAUGGUGUCGUGCUGGCCCAUCUCAUCGAGAUAGUGGCUGGUGAGCUGCUUGAGGGCAUUCACUACUCACCAAGGGACAACCAAGAAAAGAGGGAGAAUGUGGAAAGAGUUCUGCAAUUUGUAUCAUCCAAGCGGAUACGCAUGCCCCAGACCUCUGCCAGAGAUAUUGUGGAAGGGAACCUCAAACCUGCCAUGAGGCUCAUCUUGGCCCUGGCAGCACAUUUUAAGCCAUCUGCCUCAGCCAGUUACAGAUCAGGCACAGCUGUUGGUAGGAACUCAGUGGGGUCUUCAGCCAAUCACAGACCUCAUUCUGCUAUGGCAAUGGCACAGAGUGCAGCAGCAGCCUUGGCAGCAGCUCGGCAUGAUGCCGCCCACUCAGGCCGCAGUGUCCUCCACCUCAGACAAGAACGGCACAGCCGAUGCUCCAGUGCUGACGAGGAGAUUGAGAGCCCAUGCUGGAGUGUGCGUGCCCUUGUUCAGCAGUACGAAGGCCAGAGAGGGUCAUGUGAAGAGGACCCAGAGACAGCAUCCUGCAGCUUGGCUUCCCCAAGCCCCACCCAUACUCCUGUCAACCUAUCAGAGGAAAGAGGACAACUUUUGGACAUCCAAUCAGGAGAGCCCAAAGCUGAAAUGGAUGACGUGUUCAAACUGGUAUUAUGGGGUGAUGCCUCAGAGCAUGAUGGGAGGUUUGUGGGGAGCAGUUCCUGGGAGGAGCAGCUAUGGGAGCAGCAGGAACAGCUGCAGAGAGAGAUGGUGGAGGCCAGGAGCAUGGUGUUCAGCCUACAGGCUUUGCUUCUCCAAGGCUCAUUACCUGAAGAUGAGCACGAGGUUUCAGUCAGCCUGGGAGGAGUCGAAAAUGCCGAACAACAACUGGUUAUAGUCCGCAGUCGUCUUGACCAGAGUAUGGAGGAGAGUCAGGAACUGAAGAGAGAACUAUUGAAGUACAAGCAGGAAGCACGCAACCUGCAAGGAGUUAAAGAUGCUCUCCAGCAGCGCUUGGCGGUGCAGGAGGCCUCGGUGCUGCAGCUCAAACAGGAGCUCUUGCGUACUAGCAUGAACCGAGAUGAACUAGCAGCACAGAACGCAGAGCUCCAGCGGAAACUAGAGGACAGAAGCCGGCUUCUCAGCGAAUAUAAGAAAGAGAUGGGGCACAAGGAGCACCUUCUGCAACAACAGCAGCUUAGGCUGGAUGAAGCACUGCGAAUGAUGACAACCAGCAGCAACCAGCAGGUUGACCUGCAGAGGGAGCUGGAGCACAAGCAAAAGAUUCUGGAGGAGCUGAUGAAUCAGGAGCAGGAUGAGCAUCCUGGUUCUCAAAGCAAUGGCUACCCACAUCCUGCAGCCUGUGCAGCGCAGUCACACAAAAGAACGGAGGAACUACAGCUGGUACGUGAUGCCCUACGCAGUCUGAGGAACAGCUUUGGAGGCCACGACCCUCAGCACCAUACACUUGACACACUGGAGCAGGGUGUGGCCAGCCUCAUGGACCGCCUCUACAUACUAGAUUCUCAACACAGGCAGGAGUGCAAGGUGAAGGGGAAAUCUCCCACACUCAAGGCUACUCACACAGAUCGAGACUCCUGGUCUCCCAGCACCAAAACUGCCCACUCUCACAGCAGCCCUGUACUCCCCUCCACAGCCUGCACCAAGGUCCUCUACUUCACAGAACGCUCUCUCACACCCUUUAUGAUCAGCAUCCCAAAGAGAUUGGGAGAGAUUACCCUUCGAGACUUUAAGGCAGCUAUAGACCGAGAGGGCAGUUACAGGUACCAUUUUAAAGCCCUGGACCCUGAGUUUGGUACUGUGAAAGAGGAGGUGUUCCAGGAUGAGGCAGUGGUGCCGGGCUGGGAGGGCAAGAUUGUAGCCUGGGUGGAAGUGGAUCUUGGGGAGGGAAGGAUCUAACAGGAGGCCUGAGUAGACCCACACCAGGAUUUGUUGGAGAUGUGAAGAGAUGCAGGGAACUGUGCCAAACUGCCAAAAUGUGUGUUGGCUGUAGACGUUGAGCUGCCACUCUCAGCACUUUGAAUUUGUGCCCAGUGCCCCUUUUCUCUUUCCCAUGUGAGUUAAACAGAAACUGCGCCAGAGGAUAGCCAGCAGGAGGUUCAGGAGAUGAGCAGGAAGUACUCAUCUCAGUACUGUGGUCUCCAUAUCAGCAGCAGAGCCUCCCCUCAACGGGUUGCCAAGGUACAGACAUCCUUUCUCAGCACAGUCUUUUGGAACAACGUGUCAAAGUGCUCCACUGUGACUACAGCAACCGUUUGUUUCGCAUUUCAAAGAGCUCAGUGUCUAAAGUCUCCCAAUUUUAUAAAUAGGAGCCGCCAGAGGGUUUUUAGUUUUUUUUGAUAGUUUAUGAACAGAUGUGUAUGCCAUCAUGGUGCAUAGAAUAAGUGAACAGAAUGUUGUGUACAUUUGAAGAUUCUUAGAGAAAUGGUGGAAUGUGCGUGCUAGCUAGCUAUGGGGAUCUUUUUCAUUUAGAACCAUUUGACAUAUCAGGUAGUUAUUCAAUGAUUUCUGACAUGGUAGAAGUACUAUAAAUGAUCUGAUGCACCCAGAAGCCUCCAGCACAAAAGCACUGAAGGAUUACUAAAUGUGAUGUCAGCUAAACCUGCAAUCAAAGCAAGAUGAUGCAUGUAAGGUUGAGCGUUCAUGCUGCCUUCAGUGAAGGCCAGGCCCAAAAGAGCAGUUUUCCUUUCUCAACUUCUCUCUUUAUGAUCCACUUUCAGUUAACUCUCUCAAGGUCAAAUUUUUUAUAAAUGUAUAUUUAGAUCUGCAUAGGUGGUCAACGUUCAUUGUUUGUUUCUAACCCUCCAAAACAAUGAUUAACUUUAUUUUCUUAAAAUACAUACUCUAGACACUGCAAGUUUACAGGACCAAAAUGACUAUGAUAAUGCAUUUUAUGCAUUUAGUGCUUUUAAUAAGAUUUAUUCAUAGUAAGCUCCAGAUGGUGACUUCCAGUAGUUAUUUAUUUAUUUAAAAAAAAAAUCGUUCUUUUUUAAUAGAGAUUGCUCCAUAAACACCAAAUACAUUUGAAAGCUCAGUUUGUCUUCUGCCUUGUUAAGCAAUGAGGAGAAAAACAGAUUUGUAGCACCAUCCGUUAUGAGCGUAGUACAUUUAACAUAAUUAGGUUUUUUAUUUAUUUGUCUGCUUGUUUUAUGUGUAUGUAACUGUCAAGAACUGUAGCAUUGCUGCAUUGAAAACCACAGUAAAAGGAGUGUUUGGGCUGUACUGUACCUGAACUGGAGAAAGAUAAUUGAAAUGAGGUUUACUACCAGUGUUGCUGUUGAAUUUGUUUAAAAUGUAUAUGUAAAUGUGUUUAUACUUUAACGAGAAACUUGCUGCUUUUAUAUUAUCAGUGUUAAUUCAGUACUAUGUCUUAAAUGAUGCUUGCUUUCAUAUAAGUGGCAGUUUGCUUACUGUAAGCACCUGAUCUUUUUGUAGUGUGCUCUGAUUUACUGUUCAGUGUUGUACUUCAGACCUCACAAGAUAUCACUUUUCCUACUAGCAACUUCAAAGUUGGAUUGUUAGAACAGUUGGAUUGUGGAUGGUUACUGUUACAACAGUUUUUUGGUUUGCAAAUAAACAAUUUGAAUAUCAGCAUGUA